CAUUAGUCACCACGCGAUUUUCUUUCUGAAUUUGCUUGUACUUCUUCUGGAAGAAUAAAAGGUUUUCGUACUUUUCACUUCAGUUUCCAGAAAAGAUACACAAAAAUGUUUGGUGGUCAACAGCCUAUUUUAGUUUUGAGUCAAAACACAAAACGUGAGUCCGGCCGGAAAGUUCAGCUCGAAAAUAUUAAUGCAGGAAAGACAAUAGCGGACGUUAUCCGAACAUGCCUUGGACCUCAGGCGAUGUUAAAAAUGUUGAUGGACCCCAUGGGUGGCAUCGUGAUGACCAACGAUGGCAAUGCUAUUCUUCGGGAGAUCACUGUACAGCACCCAGCAGCCAAAUCUAUGAUAGAAAUCGCGAGAACACAAGAUGAAGAGGUCGGUGACGGAACCACAUCAGUAAUAGUCCUGGCCGGAGAAAUGCUGGCUGUGGCCGAGCAGUUCCUGACCCAGAACAUACACCCCACAGUCAUCAUCAGGGAGUACCGGCAGGCACUUGAGGAUGCCGUCAAACUACUGGAGGAGAAGAUCUCUAUCCCCAUUGACAUGAAUGACAAGGAAAAGAUGAAGGACGUUAUUCGUUCGUGUGUGGGCACCAAGUACAUUGGGCGCUGGGCCGACCUGGCUGUUGACAUUGCCUUGGAUGCAGUUAACACUGUCAUGGUCAAUGAGAAUGGCAGGGUGGAAGUUGAUAUUAAGAACUACGCCAAAGUAGAGAAGAUCCCCGGAGGUACGGUUGAGGAGUCCCGCGUCCUGAACGGCGUCAUGAUCAACAAGGACGUGACGCAUCCUAAGAUGAGGCGCUACAUCGAGAACCCGCGCAUCGUGCUGCUCGACUGCCCCCUCGAGUACAAGAAGGGCGAGAGCCAGACCAACAUCGAGAUUGUAGGAGAACAGGACUUCACAAAGCUACUCCAACUGGAAGAGGAGCACGUCCAGCGCCAGUGCGAGGACAUCAUCGCGAUGAAGCCCGACAUCGUGUUUACAGAGAAGGGAGUCUCCGACCUGGCGCAGCACUACCUGGUUAAGGCCGGCAUCACCGCCAUCCGCAGAUUACGCAAGACGGACAACAACCGUCUGGCUCGCGCGUGCGGCGCCACCAUCGUGAACCGCACCGAGGAGCUGCGCGAGUCCGACGUGGGCACCGCCGCCGGCAAGUUCGAGGUCAAGAAGAUCGGCGAUGACUACUUCUCCUUCAUCACCGAGUGCAAGAACCCCAAGGCGUGCACAAUCCUGCUUCGCGGUGCUUCCAAGGACGUGUUGAAUGAAAUCGAGAGGAACCUCCAGGACGCUCUUCAUGUUGCUAAGAAUUUGGUGCUGAGCCCGCGGCUGGUGGCGGGCGGCGGCGCGGUGGAGAUGGCGGUGUCGCAGGCGCUCGCCUCCAACGCCGCGCACAACACGCCCUACCGCGCCGUGGCGCAGGCGCUAGAGAUCAUCCCUCGCACGCUAGCUCAGAACUGCGGCGCCAACACGAUCCGCACGCUGACGGCUCUGCGCGCGCGCCACGCGGGGGGCGCGGGGGGCGCGGGGGGCGCGGGCGGCGCGGGGGGCUGCAGCGCCGGCAUCGACGGCGACACCGGCGCCAUCGUCGACAUGGCCGCCAAGGGCAUCUGGGAGCCGCUCGCCGUCAAACUGCAGGUGUACAAGACGGCGGUGGAGACGGCGAUCCUGCUGCUGCGGAUCGACGACAUCGUGUCGGGCUCCAAGAAGAAGGCCAACGACCCCGCCGCGCCGCCAGCGCCCGCCGCCAUGGCGGCCGGACAAGACUAACUACAGACGGAACAAACACACUACGUUACGCCUAGAUAGCGCAUCUCUUCGGUGCUGGGUUUUGGUCAAUCGCAACGGUUAGUGUUGGGCAAUUCUGAAGGCCUAGUGUGAAAUUUAUAUGAAAGGAAUGACCGAUGAUACUAUUACCUACGACAUCAAAGUUUUUUGAUCAUUACUGAGCGGCAGACCUUUUCUUUCCUGUGCGCUUAGGACUAGAACACUUAAACUUGUGUGGAUUUGCUUGAGAUCCGAAAUGGCUAACUCAUAUAAACUACAAAUUUAACUCUGGUGUAAAAUGAUGCAAAUCAAGCGAAUAUGAAUACGAUCUGUGUUCUAUAUUUCUGUUCAUUCAUAUCACACUUACAGAAGAUUCUGACAACUAACCGGUUGCUGUUAACUACUAUUGCGAGCACCGAAGAAAUGUAUAAUUUUAAAUUGUUUAGUGACAUAACGGACGCGUACUCUUAGUAUUCUUAUGUGACUAAAUACUUACUAUAAUCUUAAAUUAAUCAAAUGUACCGAGAUUGCGGGUAUUUUUUUACACAGAUAUGCUUAAGGCUUUUACAGUCGUUUAUAGAUAUCGCUAGAUGUCAAUAGUCACUUUCAGCACAAACAAACCAAAAGAGCAUGGUGUAUGUUUUACACAAUAUAAAGUAAAUUAUUUGAUCUAGUUUAAAACGGUUUCCGUGCAAUUAUGCGAUAUGAUGCAGGUCAUCAGUGUAUAGUUCAAUAAUGAACGUUUUUGUCAAGUUCACUGUUGCACACGGCGAAUAUUUGCAGCGUUGUUUUUGCGAUCUUCCUUUUUUAGAGUUGUGCAUGCUCGUUCACUGAAAAGAUCGCUCCCAACUAGUACAAUCUCACAACUGUACUAGUUCGGUCUUUUAGUACAGUAGUACGCAGAGAGAAUCGACGUUUAAUUUUAGUUCGGUCGGAUGAGUCGGAUCACUCGGAUCGCUUUGCUGUCAUUGUCACUCCUCGGUCUUCGCUCCCAUUCUGUUUCGUUCGCGUGUAGUGUACUAAAACGUACUAAGAGCAGAAUCAUUAGGGAAUAGUUCGGUCUAGUACAGUAGAGGGAAUCGUGUCUUUUUGAUUUUAGUACAUGUACAAGGUUACUUUUUUUACUGGUAAAAAAAAACAAUAGAGCGUUUUCAAAACGAGCUAUUGUAUAAUGGUUUGCUGAAAGUCGCCGUGUGCUCUACGUGUUUUACUGAGAGUGCUAGUUAUAUUGCCGGUGUGGGAGGGCAGGAGGCCCUUCAUCAUUUCAUAUCACUCAUCCAACAACUAUUAAUAUUGCAGUCCAUAAAGUUCCAUUUCUGACACUGGCAACAUAACCAGUAGUACGGUGAGAGUAUUUAAGGUGGAUAUUUAUUACUUAGGGCCACUAGCGCCAUCCAGGGUUAGCCAAUAACUCGGGGCUAACCGGUUAAACCCAAAGUUACCGUACAAUCUAACCCGGUGGUAACACAACAGUUAACUGAGUUAGUGGCUAAACCUGGAUGGCCCUUACUCGCUAAGUCGUCUGUCAAAACAUUAUUUUGAAUAUUAGAAUUUGUAGUGUUGGGUGAAAAUACUUUUGUCCCAAUUUUUCUUGGUGUUUCUGUGUGAUAAAAUGAUACAAGUUUGCUGGUUUGUAACUCAGAAAGGAAAUACUUGUACACUAACAGUAUUGACACCUAAUUUAAUUGUCACUACAUCAUUAUUUGUUGUAAUAAAUAUUUAGUUGUAUCUCGGUACGUCUUAUUUAAGUCUUAUAGCUUUCACUUAAUCUUAAUGCUAAUAAAAAUGCCUUAUGUAUCACAGUUCGAGAGGAACAUUUUAUUUCCUCGUAUGAAACGCUAGUUUUCCUUAUUUUGUUGUUAAUGGUCACACUUAAUGUCGAGAAUGCAUUUAAGUUAGUUGCGAAAAUGAUACAGCAAUAGUAUUAAAUGUUUUAUAAAUGUACUAAUAAUU